AUGCCUGGGCCCCUGGCCAGAAAUCACUGGUGGUUCUCACAGCCAAUUACUCCUCUCUCCUCUCCAGGGAAAUCCUUCCCUGGCACACAGAAUUUCCACCUGGAGGUCGGCCUCAUUAUUCUGUCCGUGGUCUUCGCCGUCUGCCUUCUAGCUUGCCUCCUGGGAGUUGCUCUCCGAAAGUUUAAAAGGCGCAACCAGGAACGCCUCAAUCCCAGAGAUGUGGAGUACGGCACCAUCGAGGGUCUCAUCACCACCAACGUCGGAGACAGCACGUUAGCGGAUUUAUUGGAUCAUUCGUGUACGUCAGGAAGUGGCUCUGGGCUUCCUUUCCUCGUUCAAAGAACAGUGGCUCGUCAGAUCACGCUGUUGGAGUGUGUCGGGAAAGGCAGGUACGGUGAGGUGUGGCGGGGCAGCUGGCAAGGGGAGAAUGUCGCUGUGAAGAUCUUCUCUUCCCGGGACGAGAAGUCGUGGUUCAGGGAAACAGAAUUGUACAAUACUGUGAUGCUGAGGCAUGAAAACAUUUUAGGUUUCAUUGCGUCAGACAUGACAUCGCGACACUCCAGUACCCAGUUGUGGUUAAUUACGCAUUAUCAUGAAAUGGGAUCAUUGUACGACUAUCUUCAGCUCACUACGCUGGAUACGGUGAGCUGCCUUCGGAUAGUGCUGUCAAUAGCGAGUGGUCUUGCGCAUUUGCACAUCGAGAUCUUUGGGACCCAAGGAAAGCCAGCCAUCGCCCAUCGCGAUUUGAAGAGCAAAAACAUCUUGGUUAAGAAGAAUGGACAGUGUUGCAUCGCAGAUUUGGGCCUGGCAGUCAUGCAUUCCCAGAGCACCAAUCAGCUUGACGUGGGGAACAAUCCCCGUGUGGGUACCAAACGCUACAUGGCUCCUGAAGUUCUCGACGAAACCAUCCAAGUGGAUUGCUUUGACUCUUACAAGAGGGUCGAUAUUUGGGCCUUUGGACUUGUUUUGUGGGAAGUAGCCAGGCGGAUGGUGAGCAAUGGCAUCGUGGAAGAUUACAAGCCACCCUUCUACGAUGUUGUGCCCAAUGACCCAAGCUUUGAGGACAUGAGGAAGGUAGUCUGUGUGGAUCAACAGAGGCCAAACAUACCUAACAGAUGGUUUUCAGACCCGACGCUAACGUCUCUGGCCAAGCUGAUGAAGGAAUGCUGGUAUCAAAACCCAUCCGCAAGACUCACAGCCCUGCGCAUCAAAAAGACUUUGACCAAAAUUGAUAAUUCCCUCGACAAAUUGAAAACUGACUGUUGACAUUUUUCAUGGUCUCCGGAAGGAGGAUUCGAUGACGUUUUUGCUGUUGACCAGCUGGGACCUAAUGCUGGCCUGACUGGCUGUCGGAACCGAAUCCAUCUGUCUCCCUCCCAGGGGGCUGCCCUGACCAGGCAGGCGUCGUUUUACCCAGCCAUGUGUUUGUUGAGGAGACCCCCAAACCACCCGGACCUCACUCAAUGACUGUGAACUGGGCAUUUCACAGACUGUUCCCACUGCAGAGCCUCCUGGUGGACAGACACUGUUGCGAAGGUCGGGAACUGGAGGAACACGGAGGAGGAAUCCCACAGGAUGAGCUCUGGGCAUGAAAAGACAGCGGCUUUGCUUCUCCUUCACAGGUCUCCUGGACACUCCCCACGGGACACCGAGGAGGUGAUGAAUCUGUACUCAGCAAUAUUGCCUGUGCUUCUCUUCUUUAUUGCACUAGGGAUUCUUUGCAUUCCUGACUUGCACUGUUACUCUUUCUUUUAAAGACCCAACCUGCUCCAACAUUGGCUGUGUCCUCCUCCAUUGGUCUGUCUUUGGAUCAUAGGAAUUCAAUUUGGCAAACACAAAACAUAAUGUCAGACUUUGCUGCAUUUUACACAUGUGCUGAUGUUUACAAUGAUGCUGAACGUUAGGAAUUGUUUAUACACAACUUUGCAAAUUAUUUAUUACUCGUGCACGUCGCACGUUUUUACAAAACAGCUUCGUGCAUAUGUUAAAGCUUAUUUUUAUGUGGUCUUAUGAUUUUAUUACCAAAAUGUUUUUAACACUAUACUCGGAAAUGGACGUUUUCUUUUAUUAUCAGUUAAAUUCACAUUUUAAGUGCUUCACAUUUGUAUGUGCGUAGACUGUAACUUUUUUUUCAGUUCAUUUGCAGAAUGUAUUUAGCCAUUAUCCAUGUGACACCACCGAAUAUAUUACUGAUUUAGAAACAAAGAUUUCAGUAGCGUUUUAGUCCUGAACGCUGUGGGGAAAAUGCAUCUUCUUCAGAAUUAUCCAUUAUAUGCAUUUAAACUCUGCCAGAAAAAAAUAACUAUUUUGUUUUAAUCUACUUUUUGUAUUUAGUAGUUAUUUGUAUAAAUUAAAUAAAAUGUUUUCAAGUCAAA